UUAUUAUUUUAUAGGUAUGGGUAUUUUGCCUAUGUCUGCUGUGGAAUAAUCCUCUUGUACACUGUAAAGAUUUGUAAACUUGAAUUGGUUUAACAAAAUGCUGAUUGGCCAGCAGCCAGGCAGGAAGUAUAGGUGGGGUGGUCAAAUUAAGAAUGAUGGGAGGAAAGGGUGGAGUGAGGAGUUGCCAGUCAGACGCAGAGGGAGCAGAUGAAUGUACCAUGUUAAUAAAGGUACCGCCACAUGGCAGAGCAUAAAUAAGGAAUAUGAGUUAACUUAAUGUAAGAGCUAGUUAGUAAUAAGCCUAAGCUAUUGGCCAAGCAUUUAUAAUUUAUAUUAAGCCUUCGUUUGAGUCAAUUAUUUGGGAAAUGGCUGCCAGGUAUUUGUGAACUGGUGGGUUGGAGAGAAAUGUUCAAUUACAUAUGUCUGUGUACCAUAUGCAUGCCUGAUGCCUGAGACAGCCACAAGAGGGUGCCUGAUCCCCUGGAACUAGAGGUGCAGAUAGUUAUGGGCCAUCAUGUGGGUAGUAGGAAUUCAACCCGAGUCCUUUGGAAAAGUAGCCAGCACUCUUAACUAAUAGACAAUCUCUCCAGCCCUUUCCCUUUGUUUAAAAAUAUUGUUUAUCUGUAUGAGAGAUGAUUGGGGAGUUAAGAGUGCUCCCUGCUUUCUCAGAAGACCAGAAUUUGAUUCCCAGCACCCACACCGGGUGACCACACUGCCCAUGACUCCUCCUAGGAGAUUCCCAGCACCCAAACUGGGUGACCACACUGCCCAUGACUCCUCCUAGGAGAUUCCCAGCACCCAAACUGGGUGACCACACUGCCCAUGACUCCUCCUGGGAGAAUUCCAGCACCCACACUGAGUGGUCACAAUUGCUCAUGACUCCAGCUCCUGGGACAUCUCUUUCUGGACUCUGGGGCACUGGCAUUCACACACACACACGCACACCACUCUCACGUACACAUACCCUCCCAUGUGAACAUAUAGUUUUUAAACAUCAAAAUCUUUAAAAAGAGAUUCCUGACAUAUUGACAAAAUGUUCCUGAAAAUUUACCUUACGGGGGUAUACCCAAUUCCUCAAAGUCCUAAGGAAAAUUUAGGACAUUCUCCUUUUGAUAAGGUACCCAGCUAACCCAUCAAAGCUUUUGUCCUUGAUCAGAAUGAGGGAGAGAGGAAGUAUGGAGGGGGGGGAUUGAGAGGAGUGCAGGGAGGGGAAACUGUGGUUGGAAUGUAUUUUAUGAGAGAAAAAUUAAAAAAAAAAAAAAAACUCCAGUAAACCCAAACUACCACCUUACCGACUCCUCACCUGAAGCUAGUUUGUGAUCAAGUUUAGAUCAGUAUGAAACAAAACAAAACAACAGCAACAACAACAAAACCAGGACUGGGGAUGUCGCUGUAGAGUGCUUGCCUAGUAUGCACGAGUGGGUUCCAUCUCAGCCCUUCAUAAGCCGGUCUGACGCUGCAAAACUAACUUCAUUUGGAAGCCGAAGGCAGGCAGCUUAAACCAAGGUCAACCUCAAAUUCAGUUCAAAGCCAGCCUACAUUAUAGGAACCUAUCUCAAUAAAAAAUUAAAUGAAGAAACACGGUAACUUAAAACUUGCGCACUUUGGUCCAAAGCUCAAAGGUUCCUAGCUGGUGAAAGCACUGGGAAUGACUGGCCAACUGCUUCUUUGUCUGGCAUGGGCUCAGGAUGUAGUAUGGACGGUACUUAUCCCCACAUUCCUAAUUCUACAGUUAGACAGAGUCCUUGUCAACGUCUGCAUUUUGUAGUCUCCAGUCUCCGUGUUCAGACAGCUGUGCCUCCUUCGUGCCACACCUGGCAUUUGCGCGACGUUGCAGCGCACCUAGAGCGCCGCCCUGGCGGAUGGGGCAGACACAGCAGAGGGGACCCGCCCCGCGAGCCGCUGCCCGCGCAUGCUCUGUGCUCCCUGGCCGCACCUCCGCGGCCCCGCCCCCCGAGCGGUUGGAAUUUGAAUCUCCGGCGCGACACUGCGGAAAGCCUGGAACCCUGGCCCAGGCAUGGAGAGCCCAGGCUCCAACGCGCACUGCCCGGUGCGACAGCAGCGUGCUCGUUGGGAACGGAAACGUGUCUGCACCGCUCGGGAGCUGCUGGAGACCGAGCGGCGCUACCAAGAACAACUGGGCCUUGUGGCCACGUACUUCUUGGGGAUCCUGAAAGCCAAGGGGACACUACGACCACCAGAGCGCCAGGCCCUGUUUGGGAACUGGGAGCAAAUCUAUGCCGCCAGCCUAGAGCUGCUCCCCUACUUGGAAGAAGGGCACUGGGGGUCGGGGCUAGAGGGCUUCUGCUCCCACCUGGAGCUCUACACCCAGUUUGCUGCCAAUACCGAGAGUUCUCAGGCCGUCCUUCAGACGCAGCUGAAGAAGAAUAAACGUUUUCGGAGGUUCGUGCGGCUUCAGGAAGGCCGCCCUGAAUUUAGGGGUCUUCAACUCCAGGACCUGCUCCCUCUGCCUGUGCAGCGGCUCCAGCAGUACGAGAAUCUCGUCGUGGCCUUGGCGGAAAACACAGUUCCCAACAGCCCUGACUACCAACAGCUCACACGGGCUGCCCGCCUGGUGAGCGAGACUGCCCAGAGAGUCCACGCCAUUGGUCAGAGCCAGAAGAAUGACCAGCACCUCCUCCGUGUCCAGGCUCUACUCAGCGGACGCAAGGCAAAAGGGCUUACCUCAGGACGAUGGUUCCUGAGACAGGGCUGGCUUUUAGUGGUGCCUCCCACCGGGGAGCCCCGGCCCCGCAUGUUCUUCCUCUUCUCUGAUGUGCUCCUCAUGGCCAAGCCUCGACCCCCACUGCACCUGCUGAAGAGUGGCACCUUUGUCUGCAGGGCCCUGUACCCUAUGUCCCAGUGUCAACUUAACAGGGUCUUUGGCCAUUCGGGAGGAACUUGUGGUGGUCUGCUCAGUCUGUCCUUCCCCCAUGAGAAGCUACUGCUCAUGUCCACUGACCACGAGGAGCUGUCACGAUGGUACCACAGCCUGACCGUGGCCAUCAGAAGUCAGAAGAGCUAGAAGUGUCCAGCCCUACUGCAACACGAUGCUGUCAUCUACAAAUGUGCUAUCCUGGGAUAUAUGUGGCAGCUGGACAUGCCUAAGAAGAAUCUUAAAAUUCCAGAACUCAGGAUACUCAGGGAUAGGGCAGAGCCAAGAACAAAAGGAAAUUGAAUUCAACACUGGAACCACAGGGCCCUCCGUGGCCUGACACGGGCCAUUUAACUAGUUUAUCAAAGCAAGCUGGCAGUGGUGGCGCACACCUUUAAUCCCAGUGCUUGGGAGGCAGAGACAGGUAGAUCUCUGAGUUCUAGGCCAGCACUAUCUACAGAACGAAUUCUAGGACAUCCAAGGCCACAUAAGAGAAACCCUGUCCUGUUUUAAAAAACAAAACAAGAAUCAGAAAGCAGGCUUAAACCUAGCUGAGCCCCAGCUGAUCCAGCUCCUUUGACACCAUGCCGCAGGGGGAGGAGGGAGCCUUGCUGUCUAUUCAAUCUGUAGCUUUUUAUAGGAGGCCCUUUUUGUUAUUGAUGGUUUCUUAUUUUAUUUUUGAGACAGGGUCUUCCUAUGUGACCCAGGCUGAUGUGAACUUGAAUUCCUCCUGCCUCAGCCUUUCAAGUGUUGGUUUACCAGGUGUAUGCUGCCACACCUAGCUACUGUAUAGUUUCUUUCUUUUCUUGAGACAAGAUUUCCAGUAGCCCAAGCUGGCCUUGAACUCCAGAUCUUCCUGAACUACCUCCUAUGUUUGAAAAGUCCUAUAAUUUAUUUCCCCGCUGUGUUUUAAUAAAGUGCUGUUUUGUUGUG